AGUCUGCGUUGUAUAUAUGUCGACGUCGGCGACUAGGAAAAAUAGUUAGCUAAGCUUAUCUUCACAGAUGGAGGUAGGAACAGGGUCCAACGCUAUACUGUAGGGCGAAAUAUUAAAAAAGAAAACAUUAUUCAUGGAUUUACUCACAUAAUUAUUUAUACAGUGUCCAGAUAGUCAUAUAAUAACACAUUAAAAGCGCAUUUCCGUGAGUUUCGGUGCAUUAAAUGGAGGAGAAGAAGGAAGACGGAGACUCGGAGAUACAGGAACACGGACCCGAGCACUGGUUCUCAAAAUGGGAGCGGCAGUGUUUGGCGGAAGCAGAGCAAAGGGAGCCCAGCGAGGAGGAGGCCGACAACGAUCAGGAUAAACUGUGGCACCUCUUCCAGAACUCGGCCACUGCCGUGGCACAAUUAUACAAAGACAGAGUAUGCCAUCAACAGGGUCUGUCAUUGUGGGUGCCAUUUCAGAACUCUGCAACAGCAGUGACCAACCUCUACAAAGAGAGUGCUGAGGCCCAUCAGAGAAGCUUCGAUCGGGGCAUCCAGAUAGGCCACCAACGCCGUAAUAAGGACAUGUUGGCCUGGGUGAAAAAGCGCCGGAGAACCAUCCGUAGGGAGGAUCUUAUCAGCUUUCUGUGCGGCAAAGCACCACCACACAGGAGUAGCAGGGCCAACCCCCGGCUGGCCAUGGUGGCUCCCAGCCGGGCGAAUUCACCAGCUGAGACCGGCUCAUCUGUGGAAACGGACCUCCAGCCCUUCAGGGAGGCUAUAGCACUGCAUGGUUUGAGUGGCGCCAUGGCGAGUAUCAGUGUGCGCUCUGGUGCUCCAGGGUCUCCCACACAUGUGAGCGGGAGCAGCAGUAACGGAGGCGCUGCUGGCGUCGGUGGUUCCUCCGGCUCGGGGCCGGUGUGCCGCAGCAGGCGCAACGGGCUCCAAGACGUUGACCUGAACACUUUCAUCUCGGAAGAGAUGGCACUGCAUCUGGACUCUACAGGCUCCGCCUCUGCCGGAGGGGGAGGAACCAGGAAACGAAACUCCACCCAGUGUAGUGACGUCAUCACAGACUCCCCUACACACAAACGCAACAGGAUGAUCUGAUCUGCUGCCUGCCUAUGUGUGCGUGAGGGGGUGGGGGUGGGGGGGUGAAACGCCUUCAAAGCCAAGGCUAGGAGAGCGGGGGAUGGAUGGGCUUAUGUAGGACAGACGGACAGACUCGCAGACAUUCGGAUGCCUCGCUGUGCAAAAGAACCCGGCCUGAAAAUGAGAACCGGGACCGAAGAUCUCCGUUCCGUGCAUUCAAAUGUUGACCGAAUUCUAUUCCUUGUCUCCUUUCCUCACACUAUUACUACAAAUCACUGAUCUGCAAUCAGAACACCUAAGUGUGUGUGUGUGUGUGUGUGACUCUGAGCUCUGGACGACAUCACACGCUCUUCAGACAUCGCCGCCCUGGACUGGAGACAACGAAGGAAGUCACCAACUCAUUCUGGGAUGCCCACAGUUCUCAAAGGGGGUGAAAAUGCACUGUGCUGCGCGACAAGCCACUUGAUCCUUGACACACGUGUGCCCUUCCCUCCCUUAACCUCACUCAUCCUCACCCGCCACCUUAAUAAGGAAGUGAGGGCCAUGAUCAAAUCGUCUCACUCAGUGAACCGAGUUGCACGCCAAAUGUCGGACCCAACUCUCGCCAGAGACUCGCCUGUGCGUCAAACAACCCACCUGCUCCUUUAGAAAAAGAGAGAGAGAGAAAAAAAAAUAAAAAUUAGUUUCUUCAUAUUUGCAGCUUUUGUCUGCCUGUCCGUGGCGGAGCCAAUUCGCCCGACAGGAGCACAACUGUGGCAUCGACCUGCUCCAUCUGCCGCUUGUAGACGGUCACAUUUCCCCGGCUACGAGGUUGAUGGCAUGUAACUCUAUUCUCUGCUCCGCUUCAACUGUAGCUUAAUUUAGUUCAGCCAGUCGCCCCCCCCUUUUUUUUUUUUUUUUUCAGUUCUUCAACCACCAGUGUUACAAUUCUUGGUUUGUUGCCACUGUUUGCAGCAGUGAUAGCCGAGUUGAUUUUUUUUUUUUGUUCUUGAGGAUAAUGGAAAAGGAAAAUCAUUUUCUUUGUGUAUACAGCUUUUCAGACGGACUUCUCCCCCAUUUACCUUAGUCUCAUUACGAAAGCAGCUGCUGUUUUAUGUGAUCUUGUGAUGAUUCUGAUGAGUUGCAAUAAGGACCUUUGCACUUAGCUUUCACCUCCUAACUCAUGCAAACAAAUCGGCUCUUCCAUUGAAUCCCAGUCGUAGCCUCGUCCUGCCCACACAUUACUUAAAGGUCGCUUGGUAUGACCAGAAAUGGCUCCAACAACUCUUCAGAAGUACUUGAAAUAAAAUGUAUCUAAAGAUAUUCUUUGCUGUAAACGAAGCAUAAGUCACAGAAACGCUUACUAAAGUAGCGUUUCUCAACCGACCCGCUAAGCAUGCCAGACAGUUUUUGGAUCGAGUGUCUGAUUGGGUGUUGAGACACCGUCUGCUUUUUUGUAUAAGGGGUGUGUGCAUUAAUACAACGUGGAUGGGUGUGAUUUUACUCGGUACAGGAUGAUGCAACUCGGGGCUCGUUUCAUUCUUGAAAUGGUUGUUGCCUUCAUCCGUCUGUAACGGAGGAGGAGGAGGCACCGAUAUCACACAAGUCAGAACUUUGGGUAUAUUUAGCAGUUUGUAAAGUCGGAUAGACUAAAACUGUUUUCUAGGGUCUUCACGAAAGAUCUUUGGAGUUGAAUCUCGGAGCAUUUGUGGGCGUCGUAAAACUCAAAUUGUUGGAAUAUGCUUUCAUUCAGCAUAGGAAGCUAACGAAGCUUAAAUGAUUUUAAAUAUGAAAUCUUGAGUUGUCUAGUUAUCAAAUCAAUUAUAACUAUUUUAAAGAUGCCCGGCUGUAGUAGUGAUACAGUAAGUUGAACCUCCCAACUGUACCUGACUUGUGAGACCAAUGGAUUCGAUGUGUCCUUCUUUUUUUUUUCCUCCGUUGACUUUUUUCACAUCCCUUCACCUUUUUUAUGACCUGGAAAGUGGGUUUACUUUAGUUGUAUAAAGCAUGCCAGUUUUUAACUUCUGUUACAUUUUGGUCACGGAUUUCAUUUUUGCGUUGGAGGUUGUUUUUAUAUUCUCUCACACGCGAUUGCUGGCUUGUCGGUGAAAGAAGAACCCCGAUUUUGUUGCUCCCGUCAAAACGAAGAGUUCUGCAUUUGGGAGUUUGUGCUUGCAUACAAGUGAAACCACUGAGUUCGACUGAUGGAAAUGUCAACCUUUUUAUAUUGGAAAAGUGAGCUUCUGAUUACUGCGAAGGAGUUCACGGUGAGGAGUCAUGGCGUUCUUGGUUUAAAGCCAUCUUGUAAGUUCUGGGUUGGCCGAGUGAAUAAUGUAACAUAGGAAGGAUCCGUGUUUUCUUGAAUAGGAGUGGCGCCCUAAAAAGAAGUCCUGUUUGGAGUCCCAUCGGACCGUUUUAGACUCUGGGACUCUGUAGAGGACUCGUGGAAGAAUAUAACGAUGGAGUUCAUCCUGAGGACCCGACAGCGCUUCAUUUCGUCCCGGCACUUUACUCUCUGUGUCUUAACACGUCCGCAUCGUAGCUCGACUGAAACCAAAUGACGUGCGUUGUUACAGAUUAGCAGGUUUAACCUCCCCGGUGUUUCUGUUGCAUGACGACUUGUCAAAGGGAAGAUGUGACGAGUCUGCCGGCAGGAAAAAUGCACUCAAAUUCAGACAAAGGAUCGAUCUUUUUAAUUUUUUUUCCCCCAAGGAGUUGUCUGUGCAGGAUUGUUCCGUCGUUCUAAUCCCACCGUUCAACCUCCAUCGAUGAGCCUGGUUCAUAAUGGAGGGGGCGCUUAGUGUUUUUCUUUUCUUCCCCAGAGCCAGUCGCCGGCCUUCAUCCGCAUCGUUUCAAAAGGCCGACUCAUGCCACGUGUCUCUGGAGCCAACACUAUUAUCAACAGUUUCUUGAUACUUAUUUGUUUAAAAAAAUAAUAAUAAAUGGCUAAUCUAUAUACUUAACAUUUAAUUGUUGGUAUGAUAUAUGUGGUUCACAUUGUAAAAGAAAUAAAACCAUUGAGUUGAAAUUGGA